AUGAACAAAUUCCAACAAUUCGAUGAAAAUUUAUCAGACGAGAUAUUGGAUGAGCAUGCUUUAGUCUGAAGCGUGAAGAAAUUAGCCAACCUUGAAAAGAAUAUGUCAGAUUCACCUUUCCAUAGAUCAGUCUGAGCUAUCAUACACAGACCUUCUGGAUUUAAGUCCUUAGACUUUGCUAAAUCUUGUGAUGUUUAUGUUAAGAAAGAAAUCCCAAAGAAUAAAUCAGAAAACUACAUGACACCGGAGCACACCAAAAAGAUUAAAUCUCAACAACCUUCAGCUAAGCCUAGCUUACAGAGUGAUAUAAAAAGUCUGCUUAGGCAAGCAAUGGAUAUCAGGUACAAAUCUCAAAACUCUCCUCUUCCAGAAGAGAUUUUAGAUGAGAUCAAGAUGGAUGUGAACCUUCGUAAGAAAUUAUACAACCGAGAGGUGACAAUGAAGGAUAUUCAAAAGGCAUAG